AUACUCACCCGAAAAAAAAACGGGGCCGUGAAAACGAAUAGCGGUGACGUUACAUCAUGAAGUGUGCUGUGUUGUCACCAGCUGUUGUCUGAAGACGAAGGAAAAGUGGAUGUGUCGAUUGAUUGUAAGCCGACACGAGCCGACCGGCAGCGCUUAGCAGCACGUCUGGAGCCGAGAGAUGGUACCGGAUGACUGAUGGAAACACCGGAGCCUCGCCAGUCGCCCGGUGAUAGUACCCGUUACAUAACUGAAGGCAUCGAUAAGACAAAAACUGUGAUAACGGACUAAUACAGGUCGGAGUUGAAGCCAUUUUUCUCUGCCCAGACAGACCGUCACGCCAGCCGACGUUCAAAGUAAGACCGUUUCCACGUCGUGCUUUGAAGCGGCAAGACCGCCGUCAUGAACGUGGGCACGGCGCACAGCGAGGUGAACCCCAACACCCGAGUGAUGAACAGCAGAGGGAUGUGGCUGUCUUACAUCCUGGGCAUCGGCCUCCUGCACGUCAUCCUGCUCAGCAUUCCCUUCGCCAGCGUGCCCGUGGUCUGGACCCUCACCAACCUCAUUCACAAUCUGUGCAUGUACCUCCUACUUCACACGGUCAAAGGGACGCCCUUCGAGACCCCAGAUCAGGGCAAGGCUCGUCUCCUUACACACUGGGAGCAAAUGGACUAUGGUGUGCAGUUCACUGCUUCACGCAAGUUCCUCACCAUCACACCCAUUGUUCUGUAUAUACUAACCAGCUUCUACACCAAAUACGAUCGGGUCCAUUUUGUGGUCAACACCGUUUCCCUGCUCACUGUUCUCAUCCCCAAGCUGCCCCAGCUGCACGGCGUGCGGAUCUUUGGGAUUAAUAAGUACUGACAAGGCGGAAGAGGACUCCUUCCUUUAGAAGUCCCCGUAGACUGCUGAGAGCAGUAUCAGGCCUCUGAUUUGGCUGCAGAUCCACAAAGAUCCGCGGCUCUCUGGCUCUAGUCUCUGCUGAGCAGCACUCUAAAUGAGGCCUGCUGGGGAUACUGCCAUGGUACCAAACCCCAGGUUUACAGAGCACACAAAGGGAAAGUGUGCUGUUGUGAAUGUUUGUGGCCUAUCUCCUUUGAGACACUUAAAAGCUUAAAAGGGAGUAUUAUGAUGAUGUCCAUUUCUGCAGGAAUGACAAUUGUGUGAUAUGACAGGUGUCAGGGGAAGAGGACAACGUGUUUGCACAAAUACCUUGUGCCGUUUUACACCCACUGGCACACUGGGGCCGUUGUCGAAAGUUAUUUUGUAUGUAAUGAUACACUGCUGUAUUUAGUCAGCUGCUUCCUCUUUCUCAAGGUUCCUGGGCAGAGAGAAGAGUAACAAUACUUUAAUAAUAUGGUAAGAGAACUGCUGCAGAGGCGAGACACGACAAACCACAAGGUUUUAUAUUUAGCCCUCGCUGUUCCGCUCAGGGCCAAGAUUGGGAAGUUAAGCAACUCUUAUUUUUAUCUGACCAUUUCCAUAUUUGGACUCCUCUUGUCCUGGUUUGUGUCACAGAAAGCCUCCUGUCUGCAGAGUCGUCAGGCCUGUGUGCACAAAGUAUGCGCAAGAGCACUCUACUGAUUCAACAUACUGUACACGUAAGUCCUGCAAUAUGAGUUAAGAGACAAGUAUUUCUAUUAAUAGUUACAUUCUGGGGACUCAUGCCUGGCACUAGAAGUACUUAGGAAUUAGCAUAGGCCUCAGUUUAGAGGCACAUUACACACUGAGUUAUUAGUUUAUUAGGUAAGCCUGUGCAGUCUAAUGCAAUCCAAUAUAUUAGCCUUGCAGUAAAUCUUGAAAUACUCAAAGGUCCCCCCCCCCCCAUAUUAGAAACAUUAGCUCCAAAUCCCGAUCUUUCAAGAACAUCAAGUUCUCUCUCUUCAGCCUGUCAACAUCCUUUUUUAGCAUCCAAGGAAAUUACAGUUAUUCUGUAGUAUGUAAGUGCUAAAGCGAUUCUGGGUUAUGUUACAAAGCUGCUUCGUAUUCGAGCAAAUAUGUUACUAUUCAUUACAGAUGUUUAGGGAACUUUUUAGUUUUACAUACUGCCAGUCUAAUACAUGUGUAUGAUCUUUUUUUCUUUUUUUUUAAGCAGUGGAAGGCAGAAAUGUCCAUGAACCAUUUCACCAUGGCAGUUGAUGUGAAGUAGUAAGUAGUUAUGAUAUCCCAUUUUAGGGAAACCGCAAUUUGAUUUAGUAAUGAUAAGCCAAAAAACGUAUAGUCAUUGAAUGAAUGUGAUAACGGUUAAGAUUACUUUAGUGUCUCCCAUGGGAGAAAAUUGUCUGGGUUGAGAAAGGGAGGUUGCUGCAUCAAGACCUGACAUCAUAAUAAAACCCAUUUAAAUAAGAACAAGUGCAAACAUCCGCCUGAGAUGAAACAACCAGCCAACUAACCAAAAGCCAUUCACUCUGUUAGGAGCUACAGAAAUAUCCAAGGCAUACAUCUCACAGCAUACACACUUGAGUAGAUAUGUUGUGAGCAGUGUUGGGGAAGUUACUUUUAAGAAGUAGUGUUUGCUCGUUACUUCUUAAAAAAGUAAUCCAUUACUUCACUUAGUUACCCCCUAUGGAAAGUAACUUUUUACUUUACUCGUUACUUUUACGUUACUUUUAAAAGCGGUGCGUCUCUGGCAGAGACUGUAGUUAAUUAUACAAAAACUAUCUUUGACCAUAAAGCCAAUCUCUGGUUUAUCAGUGAAGUGUCUGAACUACACUGCAGACUGGAUUCUCUACUCACAGAGUGACUGCUGAUUCAUUAUGAACCAGUCCAGGGCGGGUUGAAUGCACAUCAACAGGUCAUCAGCGUUAAACGGUGUUAAGGCUCUUAUAUACUAGACGCAUCCAAGGUGCCGCGCGCCAUCGUGACGUCAAAAUGACGUAAUAUCUUGCCGGCGCGCCCGAUUUAUAGCACGCAAGCAGAGGGCAUACACAGCUCUUUUUUUCUUUUCUUUUUUCAGCGGUGCGUGUCAAAGCGGAAACGGGAGGCCUGAACAAGUUCGCCGACACCCGGAUGCCAGGACUCUCAGAGUGACUUCAGGUCUCUCCUGUAAACUUACUGGGUUAAGAUGAGCUCUUUUAUGGUGAAUGAAAGGCUUGAUCCGACGAAGUAGGUCAUCGAAUCAAAUCGAAGAAUUGACGGCAAUGCUGCUGCCAGUUCUGCCGUUGUUGACCUUUUUCUUCUCCUUCUAGUCCGUGGAAAGGGCAACGUUGGUAGCCUAUGCUCAUUAGCGCCACCGCUGUUCAGGAGAAGACUGCAACUAGUGUCUCAAGCACCAGCGCGGGUAUAAAUAGUCACGGCGAUCCCAUGACGUCACAUUUGCACGCGCCAGCUGGGCUGUAUCUAGUAUAUAAGAGCCUUUAGUGUAUGUAAUGUCUGUAUCCACUUGUACCGGUCGCGCAGCCACGAUGGUCUGUGCAUUGUCGUAGACAUCCUUGCGUGUCCGUGCAACCACAGUCCACAGCGGUCUGCUGCGUGUAUGUAUAAGGCCAUCUCCACCGCAUCCAUCUGUGAGGUUGUCAGCUUUGUGUCUGCCUGGCUCAGAGCGCUGUCCAGCAAAAAGCCACAAAGCUUAAAAACGCUCUCAAAAGCUUGUGAGCGCGCAGCUGAGAAGGUAGCGUCGCUGUCAAAUCUGUCCCUGGGAAAAGUAACCUGAAAAUUGAAAAAGGAACUACGUUUCGUUACCAAAUUUUCAGUAGUAGCGCGUUACACUACUUUCUACCCAGAAAAGUAGUUACGUUACUGUUGUUGCUGGUUGUGAGAUGUAUGCCUUGAAUUUCUGUAGCUCUUAACCGAGUGAAUGGCUUGUAAAUAUGUGGCUGGCUUUACCUCAGGCUGAUGUUUGCAUGUGUUCCUAUGUGUUUUAUUGUUAAAAACAAAACCAAAUCAACACAUUAAACUAUGUGUUAAUUCUACACGAUAAUGGCAGAAUUAUUUUUUAAACAUUAUGCUGCAAUAAGGAGCAAAAAGUAACCGAUCUGAAGAUUCAAUAUUUUCUAUCCUAUAUUGAAAAAGAAUGAAAUAAUUUCCCAUAUUUAAAAAAAAGAAAAGAAAAUAUAGCCAUUGUAGCAUAAAUAUUAAUAUUACUGACAGUGGCAGUAGUAGUAAUAGUAGACGACCAGUUUCAUCUUUUAAUGUAGACAAAGGGACAAGAUUCAUGCUGUUUAAUAAUUACAGCUGGACCCAAAAUGGUUCUAAUCUGUUAUUUACUUUAGCAGAUUGUUAUAUUAUAUUGGCAUAAUUUAGAAUUGAUGCAAUCCAACCAACGCCAAACAUAAACCAAAAAAUACUAGUGGAUCUUCUGGAGCUUUCAUUUCUUCAUCGUGAUGUUUUCUGAGAUAUUAGGCUCGUUCGAGAUGAGCCAGGCCUGCGCAGAAUCGAUCAGCGGCGAUCGGCGCCCAAUGCGUGGCGGUUAGAUUUGUGUCCGACUUGAUCCCGACUCGCUCUGAGGUCAUGCACACGUGGGCAGCGAUAACCUCACGAGAUCAAGGCGGCCGCAGGUUUGAAAGGCAGGCAGCGCAGCCGCCGACUGCAAGACCCCAGGCGGGCCCAGGGCAUGCUGGGAAACGCCUGGUUGGUUCAGAAUCGACUCAACAUGAUGUUUUAUAUAAAGUUUUUAUUGUUUUUUAAUUGGAGGGAUUUUAAUUGCUAUUUGUCUGGUUUAAGGGCUUAUUCUGUACAGAACCCUGCUUGUGUGGCUGGUGGUGACGUUCAGAAGUCAGAGAGACUAAAUCUGUUCAGAUUACAGAUCACCUACAGUCUGUUGUUUAUUAACAUCAGCAACAGAUCGCAUGUAGAGCAUUUUGACAGCUACUCUGUCAUAAUAACAACAACUAGAAACUGUGUACAAGCUGAUAGAUGGUUCUGAUAACAUUUUAUUAAAUCAGAAUCGGACCUAAGAGGAUGUGAGUGGUUUCUGUGACUUCCUGUUCAGCCUGAAGGCUGCUGGAAACAGCUGGAAACUGUCUUGACCGCGGCUUUUUCUCACCGCCCCCGGCUGCCGCCGCCGCCGCCACCGCCACCUGUUCUCGUCCACUUUACAGGCGAGGCGCAGUUCAUCUCAAACAAGCCAAAUGUCACCAUUAAGGGCUUUAGCUUAAGGACAAGCGAUAAUAUUUCAUAGCACAAAGUGAUAAUGCAUUCUUUUUUUUCUGGACCGUUUAGGACAACAGGUUUUUGACAGAAGGUUGAUUUUAAAUGUGAAACAGUGGCUUCGGUCUGUUAAUCAGUGUACUAGUGUGCGUUUUGAAGCAAAUGUCAACGUGAUCCUCUGUAAGAGUACGUGACCCUAAAAUACAGUAUUUUUUAAGUAUCUCAAAAUUCUUUUUGUAUCGUUGUGUCUCACGUUGUUGGACGAGAUAUGCUGGACUUAUUAAGACACACCAACGUUUUUCUAAUUUGUUGUUUAGUAGUUGGUGCGACACGAUGACAGCCUAUUAAGGGCUUUGAAACCUGUGGGAUCCUCCAGCCUUUUUGUGGCUUUUAAUUAUCGGGAAGGUUGAGCAUGAAAUCUAAAUAUAGAUUUAAAGAUCACUUCCAGCCUUCAUUGAGGACAAAGAAAUGUUGACUUGAAGCGUUUGUAGAAGUAAAUUAACUCUUACAAAGCAUCUCAGAAUAGUCACGCUUGUAUUGAAACAGUGUUUUAGUACUUCCAGUGUACAUUUUAACUUAAUAAAAGUAGAACACUCUUUCAAAAUUUGUGAAUUGAUUUGUCCACAGUAAUGGUGUGUGUGUGUGUGUGUGUGUGUGUGUGUGUGUGUGUGUGUGUGUGUGUGUGUGUGUGUGUGUGUGUGUGUGUGUGUGUGUGUGUGUGUGUGUGUGUGUGUGUGUGUGUGUGUGUGUGUGUGUGUGUGUGUGUGUGUGUGACAGAAAUGGGUAUUUACAGUUGAAAAAUGCUUUAGUUUGUCGUACAAGUGUGCACAAAGCAUGCUGAUUGCCUUGCAAUAGUUGUUUUGCUGCAGUACACCAGGCUAAUAAAAGUUACAUUGUUGUCCUAAAGCCCACAACUUUAAGCUCGCUGGUCUGUACUCCUCUUGUCAAUUUCAGCUGGUAGCAAACAUCAAAUCUAAAAUGUAAUCCAUGGGCUUUACUUCAACAUUGCAAGCUGAUACAGGUACCAUACAAAGGGCGCUCUGUUGCACAACACCGGAGGAUUGUUAAACAUCGAUUAAGUGAAAGUAAUAAUGAGGUAUUAGAGUGAAUUUAACAGGGUAUCCUGUUGGAUUAGUGUUCUGAAAAACAGAGAUCUGGCACCCUGAUGUAUAAAAAAAGGUUGGUCUUAUUGAUUUUUGAAAUGUUCCUAGUGAAAAAGGUUAAAAUCAUCAUUUCAUGUAUAAAAACCAGACCGGUAAAUAGAAUCAGAUGGAAGUACAGGAAUAAGUUAAACGGUAUACCAUGUUAUUAAAUACAAAUAGCCAAAAUGUCCUUCUGUCGGUCUGUCGCUGAUAUCGCAGUUUUCCUACAUCCCAUGCUGAAAUACAAAUGAAUCCGUGUUUGUUUUGUGUUUGACACUUAAAUAUGUUUUUCUUUAAAGAUCAUGUUACACAUACAUACUGAAUAACCAGCCUUGUUUAGCCAUAAAUGAUACAUUUAUCAGUAUUACAAGUGCAAGUAUAUGUACCACGGUGGUGCACAACUCUUCUUAAAGCCACCUUGCUUCCGUCCCAGGUGGCUGUUUAUGUUAAGAUAGCAGAUGCUUUGUCUAGGAGAAAUUCCUUUUGCGGAGUCGUUGCUAAUCUGAUGCUAAAUCUGCUGCGGUCUCAUCUGAGUUGCACUCACUCCUGAUGUAUAUCUCGACCCUGCGGUCUGUGGUGCAGACACCUUGUGAUCAGCAUUGGGUUUUGAUUAGGUUUAACCAUCGAUAUAGGCAAGUCACACCAAAACAACCCAUUCAGCGCUUCCUGUCCCGUAUAGCUGAGGGCAGCCACCCCGCCUCCUCCUGUCUGAACCUGGCGUAAGCCAUGGCCCAAUCUCCAAUGUUUGUCAUCUAGACCCGCGCUGCUCUUUUACCGGUCAACCUGCGCUAGAUGCUAGAAUGUAGUCACCGAACAAGUCUCAACCAAGCACGAGCAAUGUGGGUGCGGCCAGGCCAAAUCCAGAAUUCCAGAAAGGUUAGAUGUGCUUCCAGCCCCUUUCAGACCAUGUUAGACAAAAAUAAUGAUCAUAACGGAGCAGACUCUAAGUUUGAUUUAAGUUGUAAUGCCACUGCCCAAUGUGAUAGUUUCUCUUCUUUUUGGUGUUAGCCUACUCCUGUUCUAGUUUGAUCUGAUGAAAGACAUGUUGAAAGAUGAACCAGUGAAAGGAACUGGGGAUGAGGAUGGGUGGAGGAAUGUUUUUGUUUUGGUUUAAUCUGCUCAGCUCAUUAAAUGUAACGUCAUGGUGUGUGGGAGUGCUAUGUGUGUGCAUGAGAGAGAAUUUUAGUAUUUUUCCUUAAUACUUUACCUUAUGAAAUAAACAUGCUUGAGUCUUGUA